CCAGGUUUUUAAUGCAUUUAUCCGUAUGGGCUUAUAUCGACCCAAGAUAUUUCAGCCCUAGGAAAAGAGGGUAAGUAUCAUCUUCAUUCCGUUGGUGUGGGAAAUUCCCUGAUGAGCAACGCAUCAAGAGCGGACCCAAAAUUGAGAGCGGGACUUUUCGCCAGUAUGGGAGUGCCCAAAACCAGAACCUGAGAUAAACCCAGACUUGCACUCUCUUAAUGUUGGUGUGCUUCCUCAGGUUGAACCAUUCUCUGUGAGAGAACCGCUGAUAAGCUGUAACUCAGAGCUCGAUCGCAUUCCAGUUUAUAGCCACAUUCAGUGUGUUCUCGGCAGGCGCUCUGUCAGCUUAUCGUUCUUCCAAGUACAGUGCUAUAGUACAGUCCAAGAUAUAACCAUGGAACCGCACAUUCUUUUCACCGUCCUGUGGAUGAUAUUGCUGGGAACAAGAAGCGCUUACGCACAGGGCAAGUGGUUCAGGCUCUUAGUAGCAAUCGAAGCUUGCUUGAAUCAAAACACAAAGCAACCUCCUAUCAGCGGUGAACUUCACCCCGCAGAGUCGAGUCGAGUCGGGCUGAGUCGAUGACAGUCACAGUGGGCUGGUCCCAGAACGCAGAAAUCCCGUUCCCGCUGUUAAUCACGACUGUCUUUGAACCGGGCUUACGUUUGUUUUUUUUAGAAAUCUUUGGGUAUUGCACAACGCCUGAUGAGAACAGCGGCACCUGCAUAAACCUCAGGGAAUGUGGAUACCUCUUCGAACUGCUUCAAAGCGAAGAGGUUACGGACCAGGACCGUCGAUUUCUGCAGGCCAGCCAAUGUGGCUACCGGAAUGGACAAGUGCUUAUUUGCUGUGCAAACAGCCGAAUGCGAAACCAACAACCUCAGUGGGGAAAUCAGCCUCAAGUCAGACCGACUCAGACCACUAAACCUACAAAACGCGCCGGAACCAAACUGUUACCAAUGGCGCCCCAUUGCGGUGAUAACUUUGAAGACCGCGUGGUGGGUGGUAACGAGACGACAAAGAGGGAGUUUCCUUGGAUGGCCCUAAUAGAGUACACGAAGCCCGGCAACGUGAAAGGUCACCACUGUGGCGGAUCUCUAAUCAACCAUCGUUACGUGCUGACGGCGGCACACUGCGUCUCGGCUAUUCCCAGUGAGUGGGCGCUGACGGGAGUACGCCUGGGUGAGUGGGAUGCGAGCACCAAUCCGGAUUGCACAGUCGGUAAAAACGGACGCCGGGACUGCAACGACCCUUACGUGGACUACCCUGUUGAAGAGCGUAUUCCGCACCCGCAGUACCCGGGAAACUCACGGGACCAGCUAAAUGACAUUGCUUUGCUGCGAUUGCGGGACGAGGUUCAGUACAGCGACUUCAUAUCACCAGUAUGUCUGCCCACUUUAGCGUCCCAUCGCGACAAUAUUUUCCUUGGCCGAAAGGUGGUGGUGGCAGGGUGGGGUCGCACGGAGACAAAUUUUACGUCUAAUAUCAAGCUGAAGGCUGAGUUGGAUCCCGUACCGAUGUCCGACUGCAACCAAAGAUACGCCACCCAAAGAAGGACUGUCACAGCCAAGCAGAUGUGCGCCGGCGGAGUUGAGGGGGUUGAUUCCUGUCGCGGAGACUCGGGUGGCCCCCUUCUGCUCGAGGACCGCUUCAAUGGAAACUCAAAUUACUACAUUGCUGGUGUGGUCUCCUACGGACCCACGCCCUGUGGGCUAAAAGGAUGGCCCGGCGUGUACACAAGGGUUGAGGCGUAUCUGAACUGGAUAGAAAACAACGUUAGGGCUUAAUCGUAAAUGGCGAAAACGACCAUUCUUAGGGCUUGAUCGUAAAUCGUGCAAAUUACCAUUGUAAAAUGGGUCAUGCCACAGUAAAUAUCGAUUUUUAAUGAAAGUUAGAUUAUACAAUAAAUUAGGUUAUCUCGUGUAGAUUCAACGGUAAAA